AUGCUACUCCUGCUAGCCACCGCAUACAAACUAUCGUUCCAUUUUAGGGAGAUUAUUCUCCUUCUCCUCCUCUUUUUGAAGGCCUGCCAGAAACAGCAGGGAGCGGAGGACAAAGAACCGCUACAGAAUUCUCGCGUAUUAUGUCAUCGAGAAGAAGCAAGAUGGAGCCGCGCUUUAAGGACAUUAUAUCGCAAGUCAAAUAAUCCUAAACAGGAAAGGGUGAGAGGUGAAGGACCCACAUUCACCCUGACUAGGGUCACGCUUGAAGGCCAUUCAACAAAUAAGGCCGGACCUAUCCGAGCUCAGGCAAGGCUAAGUCAGUGUGGGCCAUGGGUGAGGGUGUCUGAAUCAUUGAUCUGGCACUCUUACCUACGAUGGAGUAUAACACAGGGACAACGAGAAUCGAUAUCGAUGGGUCGCCGUAACCUUGAAUCAGCAACGCGUGGCUUGGUAUCGAUGACUGCUGGAGCGGUCGACCAGCAGCCACCGUUUGAUCUUUACUUCACUCUUACAAAAAUAAAAGAGAUAAGAGCUAGGCGAGUGCUAUUGCGCGUAUGCUCUCAAAGCCAUGAUUGGAACGAAUCCCUCAAGAAAAGCUUAAGGGGUGCGGACCCACCCCAGGCUCUAAAGUGGAAUGGACGAGAAUAUACGUCUGAAAGCGCUUCCUGUAAUACGAACCGCGAAUGGUGGGCAUAUCUAAGGAAUCAUCCCUCGAUUGUGACUAUGUGCUUCUGUAGUACCACUAUCUUCCUUAUCUGUCUUUCUGCUUCAUAUGCUCCAUGGCUACCACCAGAUCCUCGAUCGCUGCACCUUACUAUCGCGUAUUCAUGUUCUUUGCUCUACCCAUGUCAUCAUUCAGCUCAACACCCAGAGGGGGCCUCAAGAUAUGAUCGAGAAAUGCUCAAGACGGCAUAG